UGGAAAAUGCCAACCAGAGAAGUAGAUCCAGUGAUAGGAGUGACGGUGGAGUAGAGUCUACACCCAGCUGUUCCAGUUUAAAAGCUACAGAUGAGACAUUUGGGCUUGAUCCAGAGCAGAGGCAAAUGGAUCAAACACGUCAAGCUCGUCGCCUGCAGAAACUUAAAGCCCAUCACAAUAAAUGUGAGGCUCAUCACAAGAAGCUCGUCACAAAGGCAACAAAUGAAGUGAGGGAGAACACGUCUUUUCUCCAUCAGAAGGGCUUAAUGUCAAAACAGUCAUCCGAUGAGAGCGACGAUACCAUCAUCCUUGGUCCAACACCAACUGAAGGGGACAUGAGCGUGCCUGAGCUUACAAGAACUGACAGUGUGAUUCUAAACAAACAAAUGCUUUGCUACUCAGAAGCAUCUCUAUCAAGUUCUGACAUCACUGAGGAAGAGUAUGUUCCCGAUUCUGAGGAAUCUGAGAGUGACAGUCUAAACGACAGUGACAGUUCAGUAGACGUUAAACAGCUCAAGAAGAGGAAGAAAAGAGCCCAGAAAAAUACUUCUUCUCUGGAAACUUUGAAUGAGGCUAAGUGGAAUGCUCCUCAGCUUAUUCCCUUUGCUGAAGACGUUAGGAAAAUGCACCAGUAUCUUGACACAAAAAGGAUGGAGUGCCAGAGGAACCUGAAGGAAGAAGCUGUAAAGAAGAACUGGGCUGAACUUGCCAAGAUCACGCUUUGUGAGGUGAUAAUAUUCAACCGGAGAAGAGAGGGAGAAGUAUCCAAGAUGCCACUGAACGCUUUCACCUUGAGAGAUACCUCUGUCACCCAUCCAGAUGUGGAGCUUGCUUUGUCAGAACUUGAAAAGAAGCUGUGUAAACACUUCCAGCGAAUUGAGAUAAAAGGCAAACGUGGCCGAAAGGUUCCCAUUCUCCUAGCUCCUAAUAUGGCAUCAUCAAUGGAGUUGCUUGUCCAAAAUCGCCGCAAUUGUGACGUGUUGGAUGAGAAUCCAUACAUGUUCGGGAGACCACAGACUCUCAAUCACUUCAGAGGAUCGGAUAUUAUUCGUGAGAUGGCUCAAAACUGUGGAGCAAAACACCCUGGAGCAUUGUCCUCAACCAAACUGAGGAAGCACAUGGCCACCAUGUCAAAGGUACUUAACCUAAAGGACAAUGAAAUGGAUGACCUAGCUGACUUCCUUGGCCAUGACAUUAGAGUUCAUCGUCAGUAUUAUAGAUUGCCUGAAGGGACAUUACAGUUGGCAAAAAUCAGUAAAGUGUUGCUGGCACUAGAAAGAGGACAGCUCUCCCACUUCGAAGGAAGAAAUCUGGAUGAAAUCAGCAUUGAUCCACAAGAGAAAAUGUCUGUGGACAGUGGAUCAGACACUGAAGAAGAGGUUGACUCAGCUGAGAGGGAUGCUGGUACUUCAUCUUCCAGAUCACCAGAUGUGGAUGGCAACAAAAAAGUAGAAAAUGGUCAAUUUGGGGUGACCAGGAGAUGCACCACUGAAGUUGGACAAAGCAAUGAUCUGCCCUCAGCAAAAGAGAGGUCAGAUGACGAGGUACUGGCAGACAUGGAAGUCUCUGGCAACUCCAACACGACUAACGGCCCACCACAAAAGAAGAGACUGAAGUGGAACCAAGAAGAAAUCCAGGCAGUGGAGAAAACACUCAUGGACUGUAUUGACUCUGGAAAGGUUCCUGGGAAAGCCCAGUGUAUGAAGUGCAUUGAAACCUCACCAGUAGCCCUCAAGGACAGGACAUGGCAAGGGAUUAAAUUCUAUGUGAAAAAUCGCAUAGAUGCAUUAAAACGAGAGACUUUCAAAAGAAGGUAAGCGUUGACCUUUUUGUUACUGUGAAAGAAAACGGAUCAUUUGUUAGUGCCAU